AUCGAUUCUCGUUGCUUGAUAUCGAGUUUAAAAUUAUCGGUUAAUAGUUUAUAUUUCGCAAAAGGGAUUAAGUGUAAUUCGAUAAUGGAUAGCAAAGCGAAGAACGGCUUUCGCAUUAAAAAUAAUGCAAAACCAUCAAGCAGUAGCCGUAGUGCGGAGUUGCUGAGUAGUCAAGAGUCGUUUUGCUUUCCAACACAAAUUCAAAAAAAACUCGGGUCUUUUAAAAUAACGGAAUUCAGCGAUACCUCUCCGAAUGAGGGCGGAAACAGAGUAAAUCUCCUCAUUGUGAUUCGUAAACUUAAUAAAAAGGACCCUAUUACCAAAAAAAAGGGAUUAGAAGAAUUGAUAAAAGAUAUAAAUUGUGCAAGUCUCGAAGAUGUGGUACAAAUUUUACCAUCUUGGUCUAAAAUUUACCCGAGUCUUGCCAACGAUCCUACACAUAAUGUGCGUGAGUUAACACAGGAGGUACAGAAAAUUCUGGCAUCGAAAUGUAAACGCACAAUGGCUCCUUAUCUGAAACAGUUGGUGCCAGUUUGGCUAUUUUCUCAAUUUGACAAUCAUGCUCCUGCUGCUAUUAUUGCUCGAUCAAGCUUCAAUGAUAUUUUCAAUGUGAAAUUAAAUCGCAUUCAAGAAGUGUGCGUGCAUUGUCAGUUAGAGAUUUUGGAACAUGUAUAUAAUAAUCUUUCGAAAUCGUCAAAGAUAUCGGAAGGCGAAAAAACGGAAGAUAGCAGUAUUGCCAAAAUUUUCGGGAACCUUGAGAUGCUUUCCUUUUUUACUGAACACACCAAGACUGUAAAGUUAUCUUCACAAUCGUAUAUUAUAAUUCGUUCUAUUCUCGGGCAUUCAAAUUUUUGGAGCUGUGGAAAGCGUGGCCCUAAAAUAAUAAGGACAGCUUGGUUCAAAGUCAUCUACAACCUUAUUCAAAGCUCAUCCGUCAGUGAUAUACUUUUGGAAUGGAAAUCGGAUAUAGUUGCAGUGUCAUUUAACGGAAUAGAUGAGUGUGAUCGCACAUUAUCUUCUCAUAUAUGGAAAUGCAUAUUACUUUUACAAUCGAGAUAUGAAGAUUGGUAUAAACAUGUGUCCUUUAUAAAGGUCAUUCAACCUAAGCUGUCUUGUCUGCUUCAUAAUAAAUUCUUUAAUAACUUCGAAAUUAUAUGUCCGAAUAUGCUUCCAUUUUAUUCGGCGGUAGUAAACUCUUAUUCCCAUGAAUUUGACUGGCAUAUAUUUUUGGAAAAACUUCUGAUGGAUUUAAAAAGUGUGUUUUGUUCGGAAACGCUCAGAGCCAACGCAGCAGAUUUUAACGCUAUUUUUGAUGCUUAUUAUGACUGUUGGAAGUUUAUUUUAAAUAAAUUGAACAAUACAGAAAAAGAAGAAGAACAAAAAAAUAUAUAUAUGUUAAAACUGUUGCAUACAAACAUAAUACAACCCACUGAAUGGUUCCUGACGGCUAAAAAAAAUUUAGGAGCUAACAGUUUCUUUUCGAUAACUGUUAAAAUGUUCUUAGAUUGCCAGAAAGAAAACCAAAUUAAAGAUAAUGAUUUCUUGUAUAUAUAUAUAUUGAGAGAGUUUUGGACAUCUAUAUUUCAAUUAAUUACAACAUUAAUUUACGAAAAUGAACACUAUCCGGAACUAAUUAUUGAAUUAAUCCCAAAUCUGUUACGCCUAAAUGAAGAAAAUGUAAAUACCAAGCUGAGUAGUUGCUUUAUAUCUGGAGACCCUGCUUAUUUUACGAACCAGACAAAUGAAGACCGGCUAAGAGGCAUUGCCUUGCAGUUGAUUCAAUAUUGCCUAAAGAGAAUUGAUGGUAACGAGUGUCAAAGGUGUCUUAAACAUGUGCAAUCAUUAAUUGACAUGUUUCCUGACAUUGAGUUCUAUAAAAACAUUGCAAACAAAGGUGAUGUUAAUGAAUCAAUCAACAUUUUUGUUGACUUAAUAUCUGUAGUGGGGAAGGAGGUUUACUUGGAUAUUGCACAGAUUAUUUUCAAGAUGCUGAGGUUCCUUAAUGCUGAUCAACAGUUUAUUUUCGUCGAAACUCGCCUUCUUUCUAUACGUUCGAGAGAAAUGCAAAUUUUGAUACUGGAGCGUUUAUUGUUGGAUCAUUUGAAAAUGGGAAAACGUAGAGAAAUAUUGCUGUCUGGGCCCGUGGUUAAAGCCUUAAUAAUAGAUAUUACACGAAUUGCUUUGAUUGAAAAACAAAUAGAUACAAUUAAUUGGGCGCAAAUAUUAUUCCUACGAAAUGACCAUGGUGAUUUCUUGGUUGGUGCAGCCACAGUUGAUGCAUUGCUACACAAAAUAUUCGAGCCACUUGAAACUGGAAAUAGUGAUGAGAUUGUCGAUUUAUGUGGGAAUAUUGUUUCACAAUUUAUGCCAAUAGUAUUUACUAAAGAGAACGCAUUCCAUGAAACGAAAUCCAAAAUGUUCUUAAAACUGUUUAAAUGUUUAAUGAUAAACUCAACAGACAAUGUUUUAACGGAGAAAACCCUCUUUAAACUUACUUCUUGUUGGGAAAAUGUACUAUCCAAUCAAAAUAUAGUUACUGAAGAGAUUAUAUUACAUUGCACACAAAUUGUUAGAAAUAUGCGUUUUGUGAACAAAUCUAUAAUAAAAAGUGCAAUGAAAUGUGCUGAUUUAAUAAGCCGUUUUAUCAUGGGUACUGUCAGAAGAAAUAUGCAGAAUGAAGAGGGCAUACCAGAAUUAAAUAAGUUAAUUGCUAGGUUUCUAACCUCAACGGACAGUGCUGAAUUGCAAAGACAGUUGAAAGAUUACUGUGUAUUUUUAGAAGCUCUGAAUGGUUUUGUUUCCACAAAUGAGAAAAUACGUUAUAAAAGUUUAGAUUAUCAAGAUAUAAACAUCAUUAUACAACGAUCACUUCUAAAUUUAUAUGUAAUUAAACAAAUAUGUAAAGAGUUGGAGCCAUUGAAAAACAACUUGUCUUCCAAAAAUCUGAGGACUUUGUACAGUAAUUUGUGCCCUGAGUUGCUGAAUUGCAUAACUCUGACUUAUGCUGGAGAAAGCGUACUUGGAAUUAAAGCAAAGGAAGACGCCUCUCUUAAGAUUUGUAUUACAGAACUUCAAGAGCAAAUUAAAUCUCUGAUAUAUAAUGAGGCCAUUCUGACAGAAGUAAUACAAGAAAAGCUGCUCCACUACGCAACAAUGUCAAGCGACAUUUCGUAUUGUCGAUCAUUAUCACUUUUGGUUUUCAGUCACCGAUAUGUGCAAUUUGAAGAAAAUGCUCCAAUCGUCUUUAACGAAGAAAUUGCGAAAUACUUUUUGGAUCAAGAUGCCUUAACUCCUUAUAUCAACUUUUUGCAGUAUCAAUUACCACGUCUUGGUCACAGGAGUAUAUGCGUACAAAAUAUUUCCCUUUGUGCAAAGUCAACCAGCGUGUGGAUAAAAUGCGCAAUAUUGCGCUGUUUCGUAAUCAAUUUUUUUAAAUCUAAUGUAAUGGAAGCUGGAGAUAAAACUAUACUUGUUCAAAUAUUAGGAAUAGUUCGAGAAAUCAGUGAAAAAUUGUACACAGAGAAACGAGCGUUAUUUAAUGUCAAAAUAGAUGACCAUGAACUUGCUGUCGUAGUCGAACUAGUGGAAUACAUUCGACUUCUAACCGAAAUACUAAAAAAUAUGCCUUGGUCUUUAAGUUCCAAAGACUGGGAUAGCAUUAUCAUUGGGCUAAGUUCCUGGGUACCAAGCGUUCUAAAAUCAAUCGAAAAGUACACAGAUCCAAAGGUAUCAUUAUUCAUUAUAAAUGUUUGCAGCCUAUUUGUUGUUUUCGAAGAAUUUAUAACAGCGGAAAAUAAUACUAGUUCAACUGCAUUGGUAAAAAAAACCAUUGAUGAAUGGGAGUCUUUAUUUGCAAAAGAAGUAAAUUGCACAAUAUUUAAAUCAUUUUACGGACUACUGCAAUAUCAAGAAUUGGCUACAGCUGAAUACUUUUCCCUUGUGUUCAACAAAAUAAGACUAGCAUUAACACAUGCAGAUUUUGAUGUAAUUUAUAUUUUUUGUAAAAAUUCACCUGAUAUAAACUUCAAAGACGUUUUCAACCUUUUAUUGGGAAACUUCUCUAACUCUAACCUCUUGGUUCAGCGAACGUGCUAUUUCAUUUUGCGAGAACUAACUCAAUUCUAUGUUGUGGACGAUAUCAAAUGUUAUCAAACCCUUGACAGGAACUUGCAUAAACAGCAUCAUUAUUUAAAGCAAUUCGAAGCUCUCAUAACAUCUAAAGAUUCUUUUAUUGAAAAGUAUAUAACGCAAUUCAGUUUUAAGGCUUCCGAAAUAGAUGAGUUCGAUGCAAUUGAAAACGAAAGAGGGUUCAGUUACCUGCUAAUGUGGGACUGCAUAUUGCAUGCGUGUGUCAAAUCGCCACUUUUUGUACGCACAAUAUAUACUUCCUGGUUGUAUGAAAAUAGAUAUCUAGAGAAAUUUUUGCAUUUUCUAAUACGCGCGAUGCCGACUGAAAUUUUGAAAAAUCAUGACAUCAAACUUCCAACAAGUGAAAUUUUCAACAGUCUUUCAGGGGUACAAAUUAAUGAUGAAAAUUUAAGUCUUGAAAGGUAUGCUUGCCAUUUAUACACCGAAGUGUUGAAAAAACUACCAGCUGUAGUUCGUAAGUGGUGGAAUAUUUCUUCAUCGCGUCAAAAAGCGUUUGUGGACAAACUUACAACCAAUUUUGUAUCAUCUUUAAUCUGCGAUGAAGAACUAAAAUCCAUAGGGGCAAAUAAAGAGAAGCAUGAAAAUAUGCAAGUGACCGUACAUUUAUCGACCAGAGAAGUUUUAGCAGUAUAUUUUAUGGAUGAAGUUCAAAUGGAACUUACAAUCACACUUCCAUUAAAUUAUCCUUUGGGCCCCGUUAAAGUUGAUUGCAGAAAAAUUGUGGGUGGGCGCUUAUCAUCUCGCAAUAUCAGCAUGCAGUUGGCUUUAUUUUUGACUCAUCAGAAUGGAACAAUACUUGAUGGGCUAGCGCUAUGGAAAAACAGCCUGGAUAAGAAAUUUGAAGGAGUUGAAGAAUGCUAUGUAUGCUACACUGUAAUUCACCAGGACACUUGUCAGCUGCCAAAACUCACCUGUAAGACGUGCAAAAAGAAAUUUCAUGGAUCUUGUUUAUACAAGUGGUUUACUACGAGCAGUAAAUCGACAUGCCCCAUUUGCCGAAACGUUUUCUAAAAAUUUAGAAACCCUCGUAGACUACACAUGGAACAACAAACAAGCAAUAAGGAGUUUUAAUAUACUACUUUGAGGCAUACUAUUAUUAUAAUUAGAAAUUAGAGCAACACAAAAACAGAAUGCAUAUGCAUAUGUCAUCGUAUGUGCAUACAUAUAUGUACCUAUAUGCGAAUUGUCAUUAUAAAUUCGUUUUUAUGUAAAAUAUACUUGUAUGAAACUUGUAA